AUGCCCGUCCGCGGUACCGCCGGAAUCGCCUCCCGAAAUCCUCCGGCAGGUAGCCGGCCCGUCUUCACCGCCUCACUCCUACAGACCAUCUUUGCGGCCAUAUUCGUCGUGGGCGGUGAAGCCAAGCAAUACCGCAAAAGCUCAGUCAUUUCCCGUACUGAAUCCACCCACCCUAUUUGUGCACUCCCAACAACUUCAAUCCACUCGCAUUGA